AUGACUCGUCUUCCAGAGUUGGUCAUCACGGGCACCUGGCUCGGACCAUGGCGUGUGUGUUUUUGGAUUCCCGGAGGCAUCACAAUCAUUUGGGCUGUCACGGCCUUCUUUCUCCUGCCAGAUAGUCCUGUCAGCCCCGAAUUCCUUUCGGAGCGUCGAAAGGCCAUUGCCAUUGAGCGAAUGCGAGUAGAUCAGACCGGUAUGUGCUUCCAACGGUGGACUGACCACCUUACUCCGCUCCUUGUGAACGAUCUGAGAUACUCAUCUCAACGCGCGGCUUUGCUUACUAUGCCCACGGACACCUUGAAAACGAUCCGUGGCAUUGUGACUAUUCUCGGUCUCAUCGUUGGUCCUUAUGUCGUGUCUUUCGGAUUCAUCACCCAGAAUACUGCCGUACACACCAAGAAGGUCGUCCUUAAGGCUCUUUGCUUCAUUACCAACCGCGUUAGUAACACCAUCGGUCCUCAUUUGUUCAAGGCCAAACAAGCACCCCUCUACCUGCUUGGGAUGGGUGCGAUUCUAGGAAGCUACGUCCUAAGUAUCUUGACCAUCGUCCUUGACAUGACGUAUCGCUGGAACGAGAAUCGGCAAAGAGAUCGAGCUGCUGCCGCUGUUGAAGGAGAUUGUCAGGAGGCCCAAUUGGACACGGAUUUCAUGGACUUGACGGAUAAGCAGAAUCCACAGUUUAGACAUGUCUGGUAA